ACUGUUGAGGGGGCGGAUAGUCUUGAUUUUCUCUACAUCGUGCUUAGCCAAUAACUGCUGUGCACAUCUCAGCUGGCAGACAUUUAAAAGGGAGACAGUCCGGCGCUGUAGCAAUUUGUAUUAAACCCCCUGGCCCCUGUCUAUGGAGCGCUUAGUCUCCCACCCAUCCACAGUCCCACCAGUGCACAGUCGACACCAGUAGGUACCUAUCAUCUCGAAAGGUGCCGCAGUGAAGCUCGAGGACCAGAUCAUCGCACUUGUAGCAGCAGUGUUGCAUAGCAGGAUGGCCAACUCCACGCAUAUCUUCUACAGUAUGGUUUUCAUCAUUGGGCUGCUCUCCUCUCCGGUGGAUGCAAAAAGAAACAGAGGUUCACAAGGCGCCAUUCCUCAUCCUGACAAAAGCAACCCAAACGAAUCGGAGCAGCAACCGCAGACUCCGCAGGCGGGCUCGGGCUCUCGCCAGAGGCCGGGCUCAUCCUCACCCGCCGACGAAGUGCUGGAGUCCAGCCAGGAAGCUCUACAUGUGACGGAGCGCCAGUAUUUGAAACGGGACUGGUGCAAAACACAACCUCUCAAACAGACCAUCCACGAGGAGGGCUGCGUCAGCCGCACCAUCAUCAACCGCUUCUGUUACGGACAGUGCAACUCCUUCUACAUCCCCAGGCACAUCCGGAGGGAGGAGGGCGCCUUCCAGUCCUGUUCGUUUUGUAAACCGAAGCGUUUUACCACCAUGACUUUCACAUUGAACUGUCCGGACCAGCAGCCGCCCACCAAGAAGAAGCGCAUCCAGCGCGUCAAACAGUGUCGCUGCAUAUCCAUAGACCUGGACUAAAACACAGCGAUUAUGUGUGUGUGUUUCAUGUCUUCUUUUUCUUCUUCUUCUUCUUAGUGGACUUGAUAGCUGUCUCACAGCCAAGAAAUUGUGCUCGUCUCCAUCUGGAGAUAAGCACCGCACACGCUGAUACUUACGUCUCUCCUGUACAGCACGUGAGCCAAUAUGGACAUGCAACUUAAAACAAAAUAAUAAAAAAAAAACGUCAAAAGCAACUUGUUACACAUCACCAGACUAAAAAAAAGAUCACUGCACGGAAACUCUUACUUGGAAUGGGCAUGCUUUACGCACGGCUUCCUCGCCCCCACAGGACUGCAGAAUACCGGUUUAUUUAACUGCUCCAAAACAGUCCUUGUGACUGUUAAACGUCUCCGUCCAUCCUGCAUUUUACGCAUAUGUGUUUGCUAAACUGGAUGUUUCCACUGUGUGGAAUUUGAUAGGCGAACGACUUUAUUUGUAAAAGGAGAAAAAUGAUUUUAUUUCGAUAUUUCAAGAAUCGUUCAAGGUUAACCUAAUUGAUUUCUGUGAAUUUCGAAGUCCAUUAGUGAAGUUUUCUUUCUAUUUUUAUUUUUUUUUGAAGUUGUGAGCUUACUCAAAUAUAGAAACUAUGGCUUCUGAAGUUAGUUUAAAUGGAAGUGUACAGUGGUGGCUUAUACAUUACCGAGGUGAAAUAGUUGUAAAAUGUUAAGCCAUUUUUGAUGUAACCCAUUUGUUUAUUCAUUUGAUUAAAUUAUCCACGAAAACUAAAUAAAUGGAUGCUGGAAUACUGCGAAAAUUAUUUGCUGCGUUUAAAAAAAACAAAAAAGCUAAAUCCCUCCAUUCACCGUUUCCUGCACUGAGCCAGGAUCUUACCGAGUUACUCGCAUUCAGACCCUGGAAUAUAUUUUAAAGUCCGUUUUGGAAAAAAAGCUGCAAGUCAGCUAUUCCAGCGAUCUGCUGAAAUGAUGGGAUUCAAUUUCACCGCAUCUGGUUACAAGGCUCGCAAAUCUGUCAGGUUCUUAAGGGAAUUCUCAAGUGUAAAUGAAAAGAUGUUCUACUAAAUGAACAUAUUUAUAAAUAAGUGGGUGAUGGGGGAAAGAUUUUAGAAUUAGAGGCUUUGUUCUUUAGCCAGUCUACAAUAAAUACGACUGAUGUAUUCAGUCACAGUUUGCAUGACUUUGGUUCACAUAGAUGUCAGUUACAGUUGAGGGAGGUCCCAACAUUUCAUUAAAAAGGGGAAAAAAAAAUCAUUUGGAAAUUUUCUGAUUCUUAUUUGAUCAACAAAGUUUUUUUUAAUGAAUAUGUAAUAACAGUUUUAAAUCUCAUUCAAAUUAUUAAAAUACCAACCUCAUUCAAUUUUACAUCCAUUAAACCGAUGUCAUGAGAAUUUCCUCCCAAUUAUUUUAUUUCAGGAGAUUUCCAGGAACUGGCACAACUUCUGACUCAGUUUAUUGAACAGUCUGGCUGAAUUAUGAAUCAGCGAAUGACUCAGGUUCCUUACAUAAAUAUCAUAUUUUCACAGCGCGGGCCUAAAUCGAGGCG